GUUCAUUUCCACAAGUCAACGGCUCCUAUAAUUUUUCUCAUUCACUAUUGGGGUAUUUCCGUAAUUUUAUACGAUCUUUCCCGCCACCCUCCCCUCUCAUAAAAGCAUGAAAACGAACAAAUCAGUAUUCCAAAUUCAAAUGCCACCCUUGAGGAAAACCAAGAAACCAGAGUAAAGAAGAAGAAGAAGACCCCUUUCUUCAAUCUCCCAAACAUGGCUAUUUGCUCAAGGAUUUGGAAUUUUGUGAUAUUCUUACUCUCCCUUUACAUCUACCUCGAGUUUGCUAAGCAACACAAGUUAGUGAUGAAAGAGAAACUAUUUCCCGAACCUCCAAACAAUUCACGGGAUAACUCCUCUGAGUUUCGACCACUUACAAUUCCUCCUCCUCCAUUUCCUAUUCGGCCUAUCUUUUUGUCAGCCAAGAGCCAGUUACUUGAAGAAACUGAUCAUCUUUCUCAUCCGCUUGACUACGAUUUCUACCGCCAUUCAUGCCCCAAGGCCGAGCGAAUUGUUCGAACUGUGGUCCAACAUUUGCAUCGAGUUCGGCCCGAUGUAGCCCCUGCCCUCCUCCGCCUCAUCUUUCAUGACUGCUUUGUUCAGGGAUGUGAUGCUUCUGUGUUAUUGGAUCCCUCUGAUGAAAUUGAUUCGGAAAAAGAGUCUCUUCCUAAUUUAACUUUGAGAGGUUUUGAUUUAAUUGACAUAAUCAAGUCAAAGCUUGAAGAAGAGUGUCCUGGUAUUGUUUCUUGUGCCGAUGUUCUUGUUUUGGCCGCCAGAGAUAGUGUUGCCUUGUCUGGAGGUCCCUUCUAUCCUGUGUAUACUGGUAGAAGAGACAGUGUUGCUGCAUAUUCAAACCUCGCAAGGGAUGUGCUUCCUUCUCCCCAUGAUAAUAUCUCCCUGCUUCUACAUACCUUCGCUUCUCGGGGAUUCGACGAAAAGGAAACCGUCAGUCUCUUUGCUGCUCACAGCAUUGGAGUGAUACGGUGCAAAUUCUUCAAAGAUCGUCUCUAUGACUUUAAUCGGAGUCAGGAGCCUGAUCCAUCCAUGGACCCCGAAUUGGUACCUCUUUUGAGGACAAAAUGCCAUAAGCGUCGUUCAGUAUCUUCUCCUGAAUCACAGCCUUGUUCCUGUGAUUUCUCAACUGAGGAGGAGCCAGGAAUUCUUAUGAACCAUGAGGGAUCAGCUUUUGGUAUCCAAUACUAUCACAGCAUCUUGCAAGGCAGAGGAAUCCUCUAUACUGAUCAGCAGCUGAUGGCAGCCGAAGCAACUGGAAACUGGGUUAGAGCAUAUGCUGCAGAUGCCUUUUUAUUCCGCCGAGACUUUGCUUUGACAAUGAUGAAGCUUUCAGACCUCCGUGUCUUGACAGCUCCAACGGGUCAGAUCCGGUUCAGUUGUUCAAAAGUAGCAUAAAGGAGAGGAAGAGAUUGGGGACUGUAAAUGAUUUUGGCAUUGUUUAAAAUGUUAAAUUUUAUGUUCAGUUUGCUCUUGCUAUGUUGUAGUUUUACCAUACCGAAUAGCAACUGCAGACAUCCUAAUCACUAGGGAUAGUUCAAACAAACAUUGUAAAAGUCAUAAUUUUUUCAAUGAAAUUGAUAGUAGUGACAUACAA